AUGCCGCGCCCUUGCAGAGAGAGCUACGGCGACCAGAAGCCGCCCUAUUCAUACAUCUCGCUGACGGCCAUGGCUAUCUGGAACAGCCCCGAGAAGAUGUGCACGCUGUCGGAGAUCUACAAGUUCAUCAUGGACAACUUCCCUUACUACCGCAAGAACACGCAGCGCUGGCAGAACUCCCUCCGCCACAACCUCUCCUUCAACGACUGCUUCAUCAAGAUCCCUCGGCGCCCCGACCGCCCCGGCAAGGGCGCCUACUGGACCCUCCACCCGUCCGCCAUGAACAUGUUCGAGAACGGCAGCUUCCUCCGCCGCAGGAAGCGCUUCAAGAUCCCCAAGCCCGAGAAGGAGGCGCUGGAGGCCGGCCUGGCGCACCUGCACGGCCGCCCGAUGGACGGGCUCGAGGGGCCGCGCCUCACGGACCCCGGGGGCUGCGCGCCCUCGCAGCCCCACGGGCGCCAGCCCUUCACCAUCGAGAACCUGGCGGCCUCCGACGCCAAGCCGCCCACGCUGACGGCGCCCACGCCCGUCUACCCGCCCGGGGCGCCCCUCCCCCCCAACCUGAACGCCCACCUGGCCAGCCUGAGGGGCGUGGCCGGCUACCCGGGCAGGAAUCUGAGCCUGGGCUCCUUCGGCCACCACGCCCUCAUGCCCCACCUGGAGGCCGCGCAGGCCGCCGCCCUCGCGCCCGUGUCCCUGUCGGGCGCCCUCGGCACUGCCUUCAGCUCCUCCCUCAGCAGCAGCCUCAGCUCGUCCCUGAACUCCUCCCUCACCUCCACGCUGAGUGGCCACCUGGCGGCCUCCCUCGGGGGGUCCCUCGGGGGCUCCCUCGGAGGCUCCCUCGGGGGCACCCUGGGCAGCUCGCUGGGCUCGCUGGGCGGCCUCGGCCACGGCGUGCACCCCCUGGGCGCCUCGGUGCCGCCCAGCCUGGCCUCGUCCCUCCAGCAGCUGUACAGCGCCGCCCUAGCUCAGAUCCCGGCCCUGCCAGCGCCGCCCGCGGGGCUGCCGUCCCCCCUGGCGCGUCUCCCCCCGCACUCUCUGUCCCUGCCGGUCCCCGUGCGGCCCACGCCCCUGCCGCCCGCGCUGCUGCACGCCCUCCCGCCCUCGCACCCGCCCGCGCUGCCCAACCUGUCCUUCUUCCAGUCCAAGCUGCGCUGCGGGCUCCCUCUCGACGACGGCGCCGUCGAAGCCAGCCUGGAGGCGCCCCUGCCGGAGGACAAGCUGGCGUCGGGCGGCAGAGGCGACGCCCCGCCCGCCGCCGCCCUCAGGCCGCCCAGCGCCGCCACGCCACCCCCCGCCCUGGCCGCCGGCUCCCCCCAGGGGCGCGUCAUAUGA